GACUCCCGCUACUGAUCCACAUGUAAUAACAUCAAACACUUGGUGAGGGGGUGAGGUGGGGAUGGUGGGGUUACAUGCAAAUUCCACUUCUUGCCGAAAGAUAAUCAGAAUAAAAGGUUUAUUUUACCAUUACUGCUAGAAGAAAGAGACUAAAUUCACCCUCCCAAACCCACCUCUUCACCCCAUUCAGCCAAUCCUACGCGCUCCAGCGUCUAUAUUCUUCUAUCUCACCAUUUCUUUUUAUUUUAUUAUUGUUACUUUUUUGGAAUUAUGUGUCUGAAUUUGCUGGAAUAUGGUGCGUGAUCAGUGAUUGUGGGGUUUGAGCUGGGCCGGAUUCUUUGCUGGAGGAAUUAAGGAUUUAGGGUUUGUUUAGGUUUUUCAUGGAGAAUAUUGAGACGUUGUUGGCUGCUGUAGCUCAGACUCAAGGCUUUGAUGAUGAUGAGCCUGUUGCUUCUACUGCAGCGGAGGUAGGUUUGGAGGGUUCCGAGUCUUCACCGGUGGUUCGGGGAGAAAUCAGUGGGUUACAGCUGACUGGAGAGGUUUCUGGAGAUGCUCGGCCGUCUGCAGUGGUGGAUACGCCUCCUCCAGCUCAGAAUCCGGCAUUUCUGGCGGUGGGCCAUGUGAUCGGCGCCGGAGAGAGGCGGAAGAGAGGACGGCCGCCAAAGGGGCAGAUAGCGGCGAAGCCUCCGCCACCGAAGCGGAAAAAACAGGAGGAUGAGGAGGAGGAUGUCUGCUUCAUUUGCUUCGAUGGGGGUUCUCUUGUACUUUGCGAUCGCAAGGGCUGUCCAAAGGCUUACCAUCCGGCGUGUAUUAAGCGGGAUGAAGCAUUUUUCAAAUCAAAAGCAAAGUGGACUUGCGGUUGGCACAUAUGUAGUGUAUGUCGGAAAGCUUCUCAUUAUAUGUGCUACACUUGCACCUACUCACUGUGCAAGGGAUGCACAAAAGAUGCAGAUUACUUGUGCGUUAGAGGAAACAAAGGUUUUUGCUCGACGUGCAUGAAAACUAUCAUGCUGAUUGAAAAUAAGGACAAAGCAAACAACGAGUCGGUCCAAGUGGAUUUUGAUGACAAAAGUAGCUGGGAGUAUCUCUUCAAGGUGUACUGGGUAUACUUGAAAGAGAAGUUAUCAUUGACUCUGACUGAGCUCACUCAAGCUAAAAAGCCCUGGAAAGAAGUGGCUGCUGUAGCCUGCAAGCCCCAGUUAAGUGACGUGCUUCAUACUGCAGUUGAUGGAAAGGUUUCUAUUUCAUACAAGAGUACCGAACAUUUGGAGUUGAAUAAGCCACAUAUAGAGAUUAAUUUGCCGCAGAGUGAUGGGUUGGCAACAGCAGUAUCAAGCAUUGAUAACCAUGGGGCAAAACUAAAUAGGGACAAGGUGGAAAAUGGGCCAAGUCAUAGCCUAGACACAGUAAAACAGAACAUGGAUGAAGUCACUGAUGAGUCAAGUAUUAACAAAGCCACUGAUGAGCAAGGCAUUAAGGAAGCCACUUACAAGCCAAGCACUGAGAAAAAGCAAGACUAUUCCAACAUUGUCAAAGAUAGCGAGAAGCCAUGCAUCUGCAAAACUACAAAUAGCGAAGAGUCAGACAAGCCAUCAGUUGACUGUAUUACUGAAUGGGCAUCUAAAGACCUCUUGGAGUUUGUUGCACACAUGAAGCAUGGUGAUACAUCUGCUAUAUCUCAAUUUGAUGUCCAAACACUUUUGCUUGAAUAUAUAAAGAGAAACAACCUUCGGGAUCCUCGUAGGAAGAGUCAAAUCAUAUGUGAUCCAAGGCUGAAAAAUUUAUUUGGAAAACCACGUGUGGGUCAUAUUGAAAUGUUAAAGCUUCUCGAGUAUCACUUUCUCAUAAAGGAGGAUUCUCAGAAUAAUUCUUUUAUUCCAGCUGGAUUUGUUGGUUCUGUUGCAAGUGACAUGGAUGUUGAUGGAAAUAUUUAUGAUUCACCGAUGCCAAGUAACAGUAGAAAGCGAAAAGCGCGUAAAAAGAGUGAGGAGAAAGCAGCACCCCAGAAUGAUUUAAAUGAAUAUGCUGCAAUUGAUGUCCAUAACAUUAAUUUGAUCUAUUUGCGACGAAACCUGAUGGAGCAUCUUGUUGAGGAUAAGAACUUCAAUGAUAAGGUCAUUGGGUCGAUUGUGAGAAUUAGAAUAUCAAAUAUCGAUCAGAAGCCAGAUGUUUACCGGCUUGUUCAAGUUGUAGGGAUUAGUAAGGUGGCUGAGCCCUAUAAAAUUGGUGACCGGACAGCAGAUGUCAUGCUUGAAGUUUUAAAUUUAGACAAGACAGAGGUUGUAUCAAUUGAUGCCAUUUCAAAUCAAGAGUUUACUGAGGAUGAAUGCAGACGGUUACGUCAAAGCAUUAGAUGCGGACUUGUGAAACAGUUCACUGUUGGCGAGGUACAAAAGAAAGCUAUGGCACUCCAACCAGUCAGGAUCAAUGAUUGGCUGGAGGCAGAGAUAUUGCGGCUGAAUCAUCUUCGAGAUCGAGCUAGCGAGAAGGGGCGUAAGAAAGAGCUUAGAGAAUAUGUAGACAAACUACAGCUGCUAAAAUCACCUGAGGAGCGCCAGCGCAGACUUUCUGAAGUGCCAGAGGUACAUGCUGAUCCAAAAAUGAGUCCAGAUUAUGAAUCAGAAGAAGAUGCCAGAAGUUGUGAGAACAGUACUAAAGCAGAUUAUGUGAGGCCAAGCUACUCAGGAUUUCCCAGGAAGGGAAGAAAGCCUCUCUCUCCUAAUAAAAAAGGUAAAGAAGAGAAAUAUAUCCAGAUGCACAGUAGAUUGAUAGAGAAAUCAGAUGCUAGUGGAUCAAAUAGUUCUGACAAGCACAUGAAUCAAGCCAACAGCACUAAGUUAGCAAUUGGUGGAAGGAAUGAUCAAGUCAUGCAAAGGUCUGGACUAGAGACUGCAACUGCAACUGCAACUGCAACUGCCUGCGUGGGAAACUCACUACUGUCUAAUAAUAUUGAAACUGAGAAAUUGUGGCACUAUCGUGAUCCUAAUGGUAAGAUUCAAGGACCAUUUUCCAUGAUGCAGCUGCGGAAAUGGAGUACGACUGGACUUUUUCCACCUGAUAUGAGGAUAUGGACAAAUCAUGAGCAAUAUGACUCAUUACUUCUUAUUGAUGCUCUGAAUGGGCUAUUCCAUAGAACAUCAGAUUUGUCAUAUAAACCUUCUUCAGGAUCACAGGAACAUGGGUCUAGUGCGAGUACGAGCAGGACAGAAAGAGAUAGUAAACAAACAGAGGCAGCCUGGUCUGACAAUAAUACUGGACUGGUGAGGGCAGAUGAGUCUGGCUCCUCGAGGCCACGCUGCUGGGAUUUGCUUAAGGAUAAUAAUUCUAGUGCUGACAAUGUCCAAGCACGUAAUCUGCUCCCUUCAUCAAGCUCAGAUACGCAUCUUCCGCAGCCUGAUCGUGGCCAAGAGAGCGAGGAGGUCAACCAUGCUUCACAAGAUGGAGAAAAGAGUUCAAGUGGGCUGACUACAAGCCGGAUGACCAGUGAACCUGAACUUCCAAAUCAACCUAACAAUGAGGACCCAGUAUGCCUAUCUUCUGAAGACAAACUGAGAUUAUUAAAUGUUAAUUUGAGCUCAAAUGAUAUGGAAUCUGGGUCUGUUCCUGCACCUGUAUCAAAGUCAUUUGAUUCAAGUAACCUAGCUGUGAAAGUAGAUGUCUUGGAUCUUCCUAGUCCUACCCCAGGUACUGCUGAAAAUCAGCAGUCUGUCUCUUUGGAUGUUCAAAACUCUGUUGGUUUUCUGGAGCUGCUGAGUCCUACUCCAAGAUCUAACAAUGAAGACCAAGGAGGUCAGGCAACUGAGACCAAGCAAUCUGGGGUAACAAAUUUUCCUAUGCAAAAUUCUGGACCAAGCUGGAGCACUGCUUCUAGUCUAGUGGUGGGUGGCGUGCAAAUUCCUGAAGUAGCUGAUGAAUGGUGUGGAUAUUCCCCUACACCUGUAAGACCAUCUGUCCAGGAAUGGGAUUCUGGUCUUGUCUCUGCAUCUUCAUCCAAGCCUACUGAAGUUUCAACUGGGAACGCUGCUACUUCAAUUUCAGAUAGUCACAACCUUACUCAUGCUUCUCCAAGCCAUCCUGCAUCAAAUAUACCAAAUUGGCUGGCAAUUUUAAAUGAGCCAAUUGAGUUUGAUGCUUUGGGCGAGGAAUCAGUAUCAGACUUGUUGGCCGAAGUUGAUGCAAUGGAAUCGCGAGGGGCCUUGCCAUCACCUACUUCGGCCAUGAAGUUUGCUAGGGAGUUGAUGGAGGAUUGUAAAGAUGAUUGCUUUAGUACAAUUGAGGAUUUCAGCGCCACGCAUGAUAUUCGAAAAAGUGAUGCCUUGAGCUCCACUGGGGAGAUGCGAUUGACUUCCCAGUCCUCAGUGCCGUGUAAACCCGUUGAGCCAUUGCCAAUUGAUGCUUUUGAUUCUUUUAGGAGGUCAAGUGUACAUUCAUCUGCAAGUAGUGAGGGAGAAACUAAUGCACCUGUUUAUUCGGGGGAUGCUGGUUCAGAAAUUCAUCCUGCUGCACCAAACACAAGUCAAGAAAUGGUUGGGACAACAAUGGCUCCCACCAUUGGGUCAGAUAUUAUGGACCCUGGCUGGGGAAAUGUGCAUGGUAACAUUAAUCUUGUGACGGUUCAGGGUAAUGUAAAUCUUGUCUUGGGAGGACCUACUCAGGGAAUGGCAAACCUCAGUUGGGGCUCAAACCCUGGGACAGCCUGGGUAAACCCCAACAUAAAUUGCAGCUCGAUAAAUGGGAGUCUACCAUGGGAUGGCCAACGCAAAUACGGUGGUGAAAGGUUUACUAGCCCUAGAGAGCGGGGUUAUCAAGGUAGUGACUCAGGAUUUGGGAGGGGCAGGCCUCCAUGGGGUCGGCAACCAUAUGGUGGUGGAUAUUCCAGGCCUCUCCUGAAAGGGCAACGAGUAUGUAAAUUCUUUGAAAGUGGUCAUUGCAAAAAGGGAGCGUAUUGCGACUACUUACACCCGUGACGGCUUAGUGACCCAGCAAUUGGUUGCAGAUUUUGUAUACUUAAAUGUUAGAGCAAUCUUUGUAGGUGUAGAUUUGUAGUAUGCUUCCACUUAUCCUAAGGAUCAUGAGCCGCAUAAUGAGUAAUUCAAAUAUAUGAUUAGUAACUACCUAGGUCCAUUUAAAAAAUAAACAUGUUAUUCAAUUUAUGUAUUUCCUCUGCAACUGUACUUUUUCCUGCGAAGGCAGUGAAGUUCUUCAUCCAGACAGUCUCUCAACUGAGGUCUGCAGAUUGCAUUUGGUGAGGUUUCUUGUGAAGGUAUAAAGCUCUUGUGGUGGAAGAUCUCUGCAUUCCUCAAUUUCUCUUUCCAAAUGCUGAAGGGCGUGGGGCGAUCAACGGUCGACCAGUACGGUGAGACUCUUUGUAACCAUUGUUAUUAGGUAGGUAGAGAGUAGCUAAUUGCACUUCUCUACUCUGAUUAGUGAUUACCUGUUUGUACCUUGUAUGAGUUUCAUUUAACUUACUGAACAGAGAAUCUGAAAGGCCUAAGCAUUGUUGAGCCUAGAUAAUAGUAGUGCGAGGAUAUAGUGGAAGAAAUGCUAACCUUUCUGCAGAUAUUGAAGCCAUCAAGAGUGUGGGAGGGUUUUGGGGUGUUUGUAGAGAAGUGUUGUUAACUAGGUGCUGAUGAUUGGAAAUAGUGGUUUGUUGCUGUAUAGAGAAGUGUGUUCUGAGGUCUACUCUUUUUUUGCCAUUAUGUAAACUAGGUGUAUAUGGAAGUAGCGAUCUGAGCACACUUGAUGCGUGUGUGUUUAAUUUCUUUUAAUACAAUAUUAGGUUUUAUAUUUUAUUUUGCUUUCUUGAAAAAGCAAUGUAAUUUUAUUCGGUUAUUUCAUGUA